AUGUUGGUUUCCAAAUCUUUGUCUCAGCCUCAUGUUGUGUGGGAAGCUACUUGGGAGUAUCUUACCGACGAUAUUCUUUACAAGAAGCGGCGAGAAACUGGACGACCUGAUAUGAACUUGACCAUAGAGCAGAUCAAAAAUAUUGCUCUUACUGAGAUCGAAAAUCAUUUGCUCAGCAAUGGUCGUAGCCUCAAGAAAUGGCCCCACAUGCCAAAACCAGAAGAUUUUGGCUCUUACAACGGCAAUCGCCUUAUAGAUGAUGAGCUUAAAUAUGUUGUGGAAGAUCAGCUAAAGGAAAAUGAAAGACUUAUGGCGAUGAUAACAGAUGAGCAAAGAGGGGUAUACGAACAGAUUCUGGAUGCAGUUUUAAAUGAUAGCGGUGGAGUGUUCUUUCUUUAUGGUUAUGGAGGCACAGGAAAAACCUUUGUAUACAGAGCACUCUCAUCAGCGAUCCUAUCUAGAGGUAUGAUUUUUCUAAAUACCGCAUCAAGUGGAAUUGCAACAUUGUUGUUGGAAGGAGGUAGAACCGCACAUUCCAGAUUUGGUAUUCCGAUAGAUGCAGACGAAUUCAGUACUUGCAAGAAAAUGGAGCCAGGAUCAGAUCGUGCAGAAUUAGUUAAAGCGGCAAAGUUAAUUGUAUGGGAUGAGGCGCCUAUGAUGAGCAGACACUGUUUCGAGACGUUGGAUCGCACUAUGCGUGAUAUUAUAAGAUCUUUUAUAAGAUCUUCUGAAGACAUACCUUUUGGGGGUAAAGUUGUUGUUUUCGGUGGAGAUUUCAGACAGAUUUUACCGGUUAUACCUGGAGGUGGUAGAGCAGAGACUGUUUUGGCGGCUCUGAAUUCGUCAUAUCUUUGGGAGCACUGCAAAGUUCUGAAGCUAACAAAAAACAUGAGAUUGCUGGCUGGUCUUACUGAUGAUGCAGCAAAAGAGCUUGAAUCCUUCUCAAACUGGAUUUUGGAUAUAGGAGAUGGAAAAAUAAAUUUGCCUAAAGUGGCUGGACUGCCUAGACAUUGUUUGAAGCUCAAGGUUGGUGCUCCUAUCAUGUGUCUUCGUAACAUGGAUGUUGCAGAUGGUUUAUGUAAUGGUACUAGGCUAAUUGUUACUCAGUUACUGCCCCAUGUGAUAGAAGGUAGAAUUAUAACCGGAAACAAAAUUGCUGGACAUCCGGUUUGGAUCCCUAGAGUGUUUGUCACACCACAUGACACAAAGUUUCCCUUCAGAAUGCGUCGAAGACAGUUUCCAGUUACUUUGGCUUUCGCGAUGACCAUCAACAAAAGUCAAGGUCAAACACUGGAAAGUGUUGGGUUGUUUCUGCCUAGGCCAGUGUUCUCUCAUGGUCAGCUCUACUUCUACGUUGCACUUUCAAGAGUUAAGUCAAGAUCUGGAUUAAAAAUUCUAAUAACUGGUAAAGAAGGGAAAACGCACACAAAAACAUUGAAUGUUGUCUACAAACAAGUUUUUCAGAAUAUUUCGUAG